AUUAAGAUGAAUUCAAAAUACAACUUAUUGUUCAAACAAAAAUCGAAAAAGGGCAGCGAGAACAGCUCAGUCAACCGGAGCACCAAGAGGACACUCAAGAAGAAAUAAGACCAAACCUUCAGAGAAAGGCAGAGCUGGCUCUGGUGGCAUCAGAUUUAAGCUAAACGUCAACGCUGGGCAAAAAUCUACCAGAGAAGUUAGAAUUGGGCGCCUUAGUCAAAUCAAAAUCCCUGCUCAGCCCCAAGGUAUCGCCUCUACUGGCGGUAUUGGUGACUCUAACAGCAAUGUCCUCCUCCGAGGCAAAGAAAGUGACAGGAUGAAAUAAAGUAGAACUCGAUAAACCUGUGAAUGGGAGUCAGAGAAAAGACCUCCGGUUUACUAAAAAGCUCAAAAUGAAUCCAAUAACUCUAGUUGGGAACCCAAAUAAAAACAAGAUGACAUUGCAAGAAAAUGACCGUUUAAUGACAUAUCUCAAGAAUUUCAUAAAAUAGCAACAAGAUCAAAAACUCUACUAACAAAGAGAAGGAGAAGGAAGAAAUAGUUCAUAAGCUCAAGGACUUCCUGACCUACCUUGAGGACAAGAAUUUGAUCAAUAGUAAAAUACAGGAUACUAAGAAACUCAGGAAGAUAGUAGACCAACUCCUUGCCAAAGAGAGCAAGAUGGGUCAUUUCUACGCAAAUAGGAGAAAAUCCAACCCUGUGAAUGAUUCAUACAACUUUGGCAAGAGUUUCAAGAAGAAUACCUCCCUUGACUCUAAAAUUAAGAACAAAUAAGCAGUCGAAUAGGCUGAUUUUCCAGAAUUCACGGUCGGAUAAAGGAUCAGGAGAGAGGCCUAAUUACAACAUCAACAGGAAACCGAAAGUGCAUAAUAAAAAACUUGGGAAAAAUAGUAAAGGGUAUAAAAAUACACCGCAGAAUUUUACCCCAAAAUACCAAAUCCCUGAGAAGUUGAAUGAAGUGCUUGGAACUAACCCUAAAAGAGGAAACGCAUUAGCUAAUAACCGGAAAGUACUAACCAGUGCCUCUAAUAACUUCUUCAAAAAUAGCUUGCUGGUGGUCAACUCCAAUCGUGGAGGUGGCAAUGCUUAUCUUGACCAAAACUAUGACGGUAAGGUACGCAAAGACGCUAGGUCACUGGAAAAUAAUGACAAAGGAGACAAGCCCAAGCUAAACUACUUCGGUCACAGAGAGAAACACGCUAGUCUUAGGAUGAGCAGAAGGGAGUCUAGCCAUAAUUUCAGCAAGGAUUCUAGCAUGAGUAAUAUCAAGAAGCGAGAAAAUGGAGAGAAAUAUAAGAAUUAUUAUACCCCAAAUAACAUGAACACUAAGCUAGCAAAGACUAAUAAUUUCAUGGCCCAGGAUAACUCAGGUAUUUUUAAGCCUGUCCUUCAGAAGAAGGAUAAACGAAGUCUUGCCUCAAGAGAAAGAUCAAGAGAGAGGUCUCAAGAGAAAGAUGAUAUACCUGAUAUGAGCUCUAAGAACUCAAACAAGAGUCGUAAAAAGCCGUCCUCUGUUAACCGAGAUGACGAUAAAAACUUAGCAAAGAAAUUAGCCCUCAAAUUAGAAAUCCCCAAAAGAGAAAAACCAAGCAUAGACUCUUCUAAAGGCAGAAAUGUCUCACUUGAGAAGAAGGAGAGCUCAGAAGCAAGAGAGCACACUAAGAAUGAAGCCAAGAAGGAUUCUACCCCAACCAAUAAUGACCAAAAGUGAACCAGCUUUGAGUCAUUCAGUCGUAAAGAAGAAGCUAAGCUGCCGAAAUUGGAUGAACAGAAGGUCCCAAUGAACAGCCAGAAAUAUCUAAAACCCUCAAGUGCGAAAGGGCCUAAGACAGUUGUUCUAAAUGAUAAAAUGAUUACUGAGAGGGAAGAGCUGAUAGAAUUUACUAAGAAAUAUAUCAAAAAGCAUAAUGAGCUCCCUCCAACCACAUUGGAGUACUACGAGUUCGUCAAGUGUAUUGGCAAAGGAGCAUUUGGGAAAGUGACACUUGGAAUCCAUAAGCUCACAGGCAAGUAUGUUGCUAUAAAGACUAUUGAUAAGUCCCUGAUCCAGGACGAAUUCUCAAAAAGGAAGGUGUUUCAAGAAGUUUAUAUACUAAAGAAGAUCCGCCAUUCCAAUAUUAUCAGACUUCUCGAAGUCUUUGAAAGCAACAAACAUUACCUCAUGGUGAUGGAGUUUGCAGGCGGAGGAGACCUUCUCCACUUCAUCAAAAGAAGAGGCAGGAUGGAGGAAUCAGAUGCUAAAUUUAUAUUUAAACAGAUUGUAUACGGCCUAUCCCACAUCCACUGUAGAUCCGUUAUUCACAGAGAUGUAAAGCUGGAUAACAUUCUACUAGACUGUGAAAGUGGAGUAAAAAUAUGAGAUUUUGGAGUCUCAAAAAUAAUAAAGAAAGGACAAGUAAUAAACGAACAAUGUGGAACACCAGCUUACAUUGCCCCUGAGAUAAUCGAGGACAAAGGCUACGAAGGGUUCUUUGUUGACAUAUGGUCCCUAGGAGUUUUACUCUACGCAAUGGUAUGAGGAACUGUUCCUUUCAAAGCACCGAACAUGGAUGAGUUACAUACACUUAUUAAAAAGGCUGAGUUCAAGUAUCCUUGAGAACUCACCAAAGAUGCUAAGGAUAUUAUUGAAGGAUGAAUAAAACUAGAUCCUCUGAAAAGACUAACCCUUCCUGAAAUUUUAGCCCAUGAAUGGCUUAAAGAAACAAAUGAAGAUUCUGAAGAAGAGUCAGAAGCUGAAGAAGAAGAAAAAUCAGAAGAUAAGGAUCAGGACAAAGAUAAGAAAAGCAGCAUUGAGUGAUCCAAAACAGAGAAGGAUGACAAAGAUGAAGAUAUUGACCUCAAAGCUAUUAGUGGGAAUAUAAACUUCGUCAACGUAGACAACCUAUUCUACCUCGAAAACUACAAAACAAAGCUCUCCUACACAGACUACUGCUGCAUCACCGAAGAUUUCACCACCCACAACCUGGAAGAAGAGGCUCUCAAGACCGUAGAAUCCUUCGGCUACCCUCGCUCGUUCGUCCUAAAAUGCCUAAACACCGGUAUCAUCAACCACGCCACUGCCAGCUACUUUUUACUAACUCUCCAAAACCAGGAUCCUUCCUAA